AUGGCUUCACCGUAUUUUCUCCUUCUCUUCUACUACGAGGAUCAUCAACUACCACCGUCUAAUGCUUCUACACGAACGUUUGCCAACGAAUGCUAUACGAUCGGUUGGAUUUGCGCCCUCGUUACAAAGUAUGUUGCCGCGCAGGCUUUCCUCGACGAAGAACACGACCGGGCAGAAUUCGUCGAUACUAACGAUAACAAUGACUACAUAUUGGGCAGAAUGGGAGAACACAAUGUUGUUAUUGCUGUUCUACCCGAGGGCGAGUACGGGCUGGCCUCCGCAGCAACCGUAGCGAGAGAUAUGCUGCAUAGCUUUCCUAAUGUCAGAAUUGGCCUGAUGGUCGGCAUCGGUGGCGGCGCACCGAGUCGAAAGCAUGAUAUCCGUCUAGGUGACGUAAUCGUCAGUGUUUCCCGCGAUGGGAACGGCGGUGUAUUCCAGUACGACUUCGGCAAUACGAUACAAGACCAAAGCUUUCGAACGACUGGUUACUUGAACCAGCCGCCCACAGUCCUCCGCACGGCGGUAAAUGGGGUCAAGGCACAGCAUGAGAAGAACGGGCACCAGUUUGAAGAAACAAUCAACACUAUUCUGGAGAAGAAUCGGAGAAUGAGGAAGAAGUAUAGGCGUUCUGACCCAAGCAGUGACAGGCUUGUUUCUCGGAAGAACGCAGCUUUGUGCAACUCAAUGCUUAUUAAAGAUCCGACCGUAUAG